AUGUCUACCUACUCCAACUCGCAGGCGCGGCUGAACCGCAUUGCGCCACAGCUGCGCCCGGCCGGUGUCCAUGGAGACUGGACGGAGGCCACGACAGCGGAGCUGCUCUCCAGCUACAACCCCAACGGCAUUGUGACGCCGGACCACAUCCGCUCUUUUCACCACCGCGGCUGCGACGUCGGUGAGCAGCGGCGCCAUUGGGGCCUCGCCAAGGACGCUCCAGUAGACCCGAACAUGCGGCACGGCGUGAAGGGUAAGGAGACGGGCGGCGCCGAUGCGUGCCUGCGGCCGGAGAUUUAUGCGGACAAGAUGACAGCGCUUCUAGACGCCCAGCGUGAGACCCAAUACCUCAGCAACCGUCGAAAGCCUCUUGGCCACGCCCCAGUGCCCCGGGAUCCGGUGCCGGUCCCCUUCGGCGGCUUCGGCAUUACACAGAAGAAGGGCGACUCGACGCAGUCGGUGCUGGCAGGGUAUCGUUCUGUCGACGUGCUGCACCCUGCCGGCGAGCAGCUGACGCGCAACUACGACUGGGAAAAAGCUGGCAUUGACCCCACUCAACAUCGCUUCGGCAAGCCCUCUGCCCGCUCUGACAGCACGGCCGCUGCAACGCUGUUCAACGACUCCGCCACGCAGCUGGUGUCGAAGCUAUCGAAGGACUACGAAACCACAGUGGCGAGGGAGCUGGGCAAGUCGAAGAGCUACGGCCUCGAUGACCCGGCUGAGUGGGACGAGGAGAAGCGCGGGAGUGUCACCAAGUUCGGCGCAACAGGAACGGCGGCGAGCUACUUCCAGACAGAGCAGCCAACUGUACGGGAGUUGCUAUCGUCCUGGGCACAAACGGCGUCCGGGUCUAGGACUGAUAAAGACGCUUCCGGCAAGGCUGGCCAGCAAGGCCUCACCGGCUCUGCCGAUGCGGCGGUGGCCAAUAAGGCCGACACAUCCGUGGCUGUGCCGGUGGACAGUGGCCUGUCUCUAACGGGGCCACUCAAGGACGAAGUUCGUGCGCACCAGCUGCUCUACCCCUGCCACUACGUCUCCCUCGGGGUAGAGUCGAAGUACUUUGCCGGGGGUCGCCCUCUCGAGGACAUCCGCCGGCUGUGCCACAAGUGCGACUUUGGCAUGUCGGAUGCUGACAUCGAUGCCGUGUUUGCGCUCGUCGCCAAGGGCAGUAGCACGUGCAGCAUCGAGGAAUUCAAAAAUGCGGCGCGCGCGAAUGGUUACAUGUAG